UACACCAUACUAAGCUAGCUGGUCCUUGAAAGUUCUCCCAGAAAUUGGCAGUUAUUUGCUAUACUAGCUAGUUGAAACUCUUAUUUAAGAGGAACCUUGAUGCCUGCAUUUCUCUCACAAUGCCAUGGCAUCCAGAGUAGUGACACCCGCUCUCUUGUUAUUACUCUUCUCCAUCUUCAUCACCUUCUCACCAGCCUUAUGCCUAAAACAGCAUCCCCUAGACCCUCUAACACCGUCCGAGUUCAUCCAUAUCAAAGCCAUAAUCCACAAAGCAUUCCCUGCCCAAAACCUAACCUUCCAAUACGUAGGCCUAGAUGAGCCAGAAAAGUACACCGUCCUCUCAUGGCAAUCAAAAUCCACCACCAACACCAAAUCUCCACCACCUCCUCGCGGAGCCUUGGUCGUUACACGGCUUAAUAAGCAAACCCACGAGAUUAUCGUGGAUUUAUCGACCCGUUCCAUAGUCUCUAGUAAAGUUCACAACGGAGCAAAUGGCUUACCUGUGUUAACCUUGGACGAACAAACAUAUGCAAAUGAGUUGCCAUUUAAACAUGAACCAUUUAUCAAGUCCAUUAGAAAGAGAGGGCUUGAUAUAUCCCAAGUUGUGUGCAGCGGUUUUUCAGUUGGUUGGUUUGGAGAGGCAAAGAGUAGAAGAACAUUAAAGAUUAAUUGUUUCUACACAAAUGAGACAGUGAACUUGUAUGUGAGGCCAGUGGAGGGAAUAGCAUUUGUGGUUGAUCUAGAUGAGAUGGAGAUAAUUAAAUAUACUGAUAGAUUUAUAGUUCCUGUGCCAAAAGGAGAGGGAACUGAGUACCAAGCUUCGAAGCAGAAGCCGCCUUUCGGGCCAUGGCUACGUGGCGCACCGGUGGUGCAGUCGCAGGAAGAAGGGUUCAGCCUCGAGGGGCACACUAUCAGAUGGGCUAACUGGGUCUUCCAUCUCGGAUUUGAUGUUCGAACUGGUACAAUCAUAUCUCUAGCAUCAAUUUAUGAUCUUGAAAAGCACAAAUAUAGAAGGGUCUUGUAUAGAGGCUUUGUAUCAGAGCUGUUUGUCCCAUACAUGAACCCAACCGAGGACUGGUACUUCAAAACCUUCUUCGACUGUGGAGAAUUUGGGUUUGGUCAAUCCACAGUGUCACUAGAGCCAUUGACUGACUGCCCAGUCAAUGCCAAAUUCAUGGAUGCCUACUAUGCUGGCCAAGAUGGCACACCUGUCAAGAUAUCAAAUGCUUUCUGUAUUUUUGAACGACAUGCAGGCAACAUUUUGUGGCGUCACACAGAAGUGACCAUCCCAAAUAAAGUGAUCACCGAAGUCAGGCCAGAGGUGACGCUAGUGGUGAGGAUGGUUGCAGUUGUGGGCAACUAUGACUACAUAAUUGAUUGGGUAUUCAAGCCAAGUGGCUCAAUCAAGCUGGAGGUUGGGCUAACAGGUGUGCUAGAAACUGAAGGGGUUAAGUACACCAAGACAGACGAAAUAGAGGAGGAAGUUUAUGGUACACUAGUUGCAGAUAAUACCAUUGCUGUAAACCAUGACCACUUCUUGACUUAUCAUCUUGACCUUGAUGUGGAUGGUGAAGCCAACUCCUUUGUCAAGAACAAAAUGGUGACCAAACGAGUGAAAGACCCCAAAAUUCCGAGGAAGAGCUAUUGGACUGUUGAAAGUGAGACGGCUAAAACUGAAUUGGAUGCAAAACUUCAUUUGGGUUUGAAGCCAUCUGACUUGGUUGUGGUAAAUCCUAAUAAAAGAACAAAACCUGGAAACCCAAUUGGUUACCGUUUGAUUCCGGGGUCAGUUGCAGGACCCCUUUUGUUGGAGGACGAUUACCCACAAAUUCGUGGGGCUUUCACCAAGUACAAUUUGUGGGUUACACCAUAUAAUAAAUCUGAAAAAUGGGCAGGAGGACAAUAUGUGGAUCAAAGCAGAGGAGAUGAUACUCUAGCAACUUGGAGCCUCAGGAAUAGGGAGAUUGAGAACAAAGACAUAGUGUUGUGGUACACCAUUGGGUUUCACCAUGCUCCAUGCCAAGAAGACUUUCCAAUGAUGCCAACAUUGAGUGGUGGGUUUGAGCUCCGACCAACCAAUUUCUUUGAGAGCAGUCCAGUGCUUAAAGUUAGAACAGUAUCUCCUAAGCAUGUACCUUUGCCUAAUUGCACCACCAAAAACUAGUUAGGUUUUUUGUUUGUGAUGAGUAUUAAUAAGCCUAAAGGGCUCCUCCAUAAGUGAGAUUUCUCCCAUUCUGUUGUCUAA